AUGGGAAACCAAACUGCUGAAUGCUACUUUUAUCUUCUCGGCCUCUCCAACAAUCUGCAGCUCCAGAUUUUCUUCUUUUUCUUUUUCUUGUUGAUAUAUCUGCUAACCCUGGUGGGGAAUAUAAUGAUCAUGCUGCUUGUAAGGACCAGUAUGCAUCUUCAGAGUCCUAUGUACUUCUUCUUGAGUCACCUUUCUUUCCUUGAUGUGUGUUAUUCAUCUGUCACUGUCCCAAAGAUGUUGGAGAUCAUCAUUGCGAAGCAGAAGACCAUCUCUGUCAGUGAAUGCUUCGCUCAGGCUUCCUUUAUUUUGUUUUCAGCUACCAGUGAGGUUUUUAUUCUCUCAUCAAUGGCUUAUGACAGAUAUUGUGCUAUAUGUAAACCACUGCGUUACAUGGAAAUAAUGAAUGUGGCAUUCUGCAAAAAACUAGUGGCCAGUGCAUGGAUGAUUGGUGUCAUUCAGGCACUUGCAAACACCUUGCCACUGUUGAAGUUACGAUUCUGUGGAUCAAACAUCAUAAGGCAUUUCAAUUGUGAGCUCCCUUCCAUCCUCUCUCUCUCCUGCACUGAAACUUUCUCAAACAAAAUGUUGUUCUUCAUAUCUGGAGGCAUAGUUGGGGUGUCAUCCCUUUUCCUCACUGUGCUGUCUUAUAUUCACAUAAUCUCCACCAUCUUGAGAAUUAACUCCUCAGAAGGGAGACGUAAAACUUUCUCGACCUGCAGCUCCCACCUUAUCGUAGUCACUCUCUUCUAUGGAACAGGUUACUUUCGAUAUCUGAGGCCUAGCUCAGCUUCAUCAGUACUUUUGGAUGAAAUAUUAUCCAUUCAAUACUGCAUCCUCACACCUUUGCUAAAUCCCAUCAUCUACAGUUUAAAGAACAAUGAAGUGAAAGCAGCCUUUAGGAAAAUAUUGAGACUGAAAUUUUGA